AGGGAGCGGAGUUGCAACAGCUCGCGACGAUCGAGGGGAUAGAAAAUGUCGUGGGGAUGUUUCCUCUCCGACGGUCGUACGAUAACAAAUACGACGAAUACGUGCUCGUUUCCACAUUCCAUGAGACGUUUGCUUCGAGGUGGAGAACGAUGGCUCCUGGACACGGAUCGAAGACGGCAUUGGGGGAUUUUCGAAUGAGCGCACGCUUUGCGCCGGGGACGUCAAGUGCACUGUGGUCAAAGGCCGGACGGAGGUCGAGUACCAGCCGAGGUCGCUGGUGGUCCAAGUGCUUGAUUCCCGUGCCCUACUCUUCGAGACGGACAUGGUCUCCGUGACCGAGUGCUCGUCCUUCUCUGUCCCGGGCAGCAAGAUCACUGCUGCAGCGAUGAAUGCCAGCCAGAUCUACAUUGCAUCGGACACGGGGACUCUGGUGUGCCUAGAAGCCAACUACGGCAACAAGCUCGAGCCCAAGUACACGUCUGCACCUGGGUUGCUUGGCUGGGGCCAGGUCUCGGCGAUCUCGUGUUCGCCUCCGCUCGCAGGCGCCGACGCGUCCGAGUAUGUUAUCAUAGCAUACUGGGGGGAUAACAAAAUACAAGUCCUGCGGCAGAAGGGCAAAGGCUUCGAAGUCGUGCACACUACCGAGACACUUCGCGCAGUCGUGCGCAAUCUGGCCCUCUGCGACUUCGGUUCCGUAGAGGAACCGCGCCCCUAUCUGCUCGCGGGUCUCGGCGAUGGCACGCUUUUGACCUUCACAUGGAGCGAAGGCAGGCUGCUCGACCAGCAGGCCGCUAAUAUGGGCGAUCUCCCAGUCUUCCUCUCGCCCUGCAACGUCCAGGGCAAGAACGCGUUGUUGGCUGCGGGUAGUCGCACAGCUGUGCUAUCUUGGCAGACCGAUCGAAUCCACCAUUCACCUGUAGUGCUCAACAAUCUCUCAGCUGUCGCCCCGUUUUCGAAUCAAAGUUAUCCAGGGGCUCUGAUUCUGGCCAACGAGUCGGGCCUGAUCAUUGGAGAAGUCAAGUCGGUCGAACAGAUGGAUAUACAAUCGAUUCCAUUUGGCCCAGAUGUGCCCCAGAAGAUCGUCUAUGAGCCCUCACUCAAAGCAUUCGGAGUCGCCUUCUCCAAAACAGAACCAGUUCGAGUCGGCUCGGAGGAAUUGUCUAUCACAAGCACAUUCCGUAUCCUCGACGACGUCAACUUUGAGACUCUGGGCGAAUACACCUGUCCCGUUGACGAGGAGAUCACGUGCAUCACUUCCAUUCAAGACUCGCGCUCUGCGUUCUUUUGUGCUGGGACGGACAAAGACUCGGAUGGGGGACGAGUGCUUGUGUUUGCUCUGCGGGACAUGAACCCUUCACUGGCUGCGUGUGUCGACGUCCCCGGAUGCGUCUACUGCAUCACGCGCAUCAACGACCUCAUCGCAGUGGGCGUGGAUUCUGCGGUGAUCAUAUUUCGGAUCGAGUCCGCGGAAGACUGCUCCCUUGUUGAGGUUUCGCGGAUCAACAUCAACUACUUCGUGACUAGUCUCGCUGCCGUCGGAAAUCGGCUCAUCCUGGGAGAUCAAAUAUGCUCGAUCACUGUGCUGGAGCUCGACGAGGAUCUGCGUCUAAAGACCCUCGGUCGGGAUAUGAGUCCGCUGGGUCCCGUGGCUGUCCAGGCGCUCAGCUCAGGCCAGGAUUUCAUCGCGGCCAACGACAGACUGAACCUCAUCUCCUUCACUCUGGAGCAGACCGACCAAAGCAGCAAACUCUCUCGCGACGGAUUCUUCUACCAGGGGGAUCUGAUCAGCAAGAUAGUCCCUGGCUCGAUGGCAGACUCGAACACGCCUGCAUUGCGGCCGAUACAGAUGUUCUUCACAUCGUCCGGCCGCAUCGGGGUUAUCGUUGACAUCACAGACGACCCGCUGGCCCUCGAGUUGACUGCACUCCACCGCAACAUCGUGGGUGCACUUCCAGAAGGUCAUCUGCACACGCAGUACCGCGCGCCGAAGCACACGGCCCGGAAACGGACCGUGGAAACUGCAUAUGGCUUUUUGGAUGGAGAUUUCAUGGAGCAGAUGCUCACGAUGUCACCGGCGGCCCUCGAUCGCGUUGUGACAGGCUCCAACGAUGCAGAGCGACUGCAGCGACCUUUGGACGACUUCCGCGAGCUGCUCAAGAGCUUACAGGCUCUUCAUUGAUUACACAUGUUGCACGGAGGUUAUGUACAUUAUGCCAGUUAUCAGAAUCGCAACACCUACUUGGCAAA